GAAAGAUAUUAUAUACUUCAUAUUAAUUUACUCGAUUGGUGAUUGUUUCGAAUGAAAAUAGUAGUUCUAUUUGAAUUUACUGUUGGUGACCGUGUAAUGGGCAAUCAUAACCAUAAUAAAUUAAGGAUCUGAUAUAUUUUUUUAUUUAUAUUUUUUUAAAUAUGAGUUCCUUAAAAAGAGGUGCAUUAAUAGUUAUAGAAGGAGUUGAUAGAUCAGGUAAAUCUACGCAGUGUAAAAAAUUACUACAAGCUUUAAAAAACAAAGAAAUAAACACGCAACUAAUAAGAUUCCCAGACCGUUCUACGUUAACAGGCAAACUAAUAGACGAAUAUUUAAAGAAUAAGGAAUGUAAACUCAACGAUCAAGCUAUACAUUUAUUAUUUUCGGCAAAUCGUUGGGAAAAUGCGGAAAAAAUGAAAUCGUUAUUAUAUAGUGGUGUGACUUUAAUAGUAGACAGAUAUUCGUAUUCGGGUGUAGUGUUUUCAGCAGUUAAAAAAAAUAUGUGUCUUGAAUGGUGUCAACAACCAGAAAACGGUCUUCCAAAACCAGAUUUAGUAUUCUUAUUAGACGUAAGUUUGGAGGAAAUGUGUAAUAGACCUGGUUUCGGUGACGAACGAUACGAAAAUACGAAUUUCCAAACCAAAGUAUCCAAAUUGUACAACAAAUUAUGUAAGGAAGAGGAUAAUUGGGUGAAAGUAGAUGCCGCCAGAUCUAUCAAUGAAGUUCACAAAAAUCUGCUUGAAAUGUGCUUAAGGACUAUAGAAAAAGUUCAGAUGUCACCUUUAGAAACUUUAGAUUUUAAUAGGGAAUGUUAAUUUUAGGGUAAGAAUUUUUUUAGUUAUAGAAUUUAAAAAAAUUGAUGCUAAUUUCUUGUAAUUAGAUUUUAUUUUGAUAUUUUCAUAUUUCUUUAAUAUUUUCGUAAAUACUUCGAUUUCUAAUACAAAUCUCAUAGUUUUAUCUCUAAUUAUCAACAUUAAGGAUCAAAAAUUACAUUUUUUUUUCUUUAUUAUUGUUAAUUUUGUGCUCGAUUUAUUUUUAAUCAGUUUUAGUAGCUACAGGUCUCAAAAAAUACGUUUUUGUUUAUUUUGGUUCCAAUUCGUAUUCAACACGUUUUAGUAGCAUUUUAAUUAAAAAAUGACGUUUUUUUCUCCUUAAUGUCAUUUAUCUUGAUUCCAGUUUAUUAUUCAUUCAUUACACAUUUUAGUAGCUACAUACCUCAAAAAUUUCUACUUAUUGUUGUCAGUUUUGUUCUUUAGUCACUUUUAACUCCUUUUAGUAGCUUUAUUCUCAAAAAUUUACAUUUUUUUAAUCCUAUUGUCUUUGGUCACAGUUUAUUUUCAACAUGUUUUUGCAACUGUAUACCUCAAAAAUUGUUUUUUCUUCUUUUUGCUGUUAGUUUUGGUUCCAAUCUACUUUUUACCCCUUUUAGUUGCUUUAUACUUCAAAAAUUAUUUUUUUUCUUAUUGUCAUUAUUUUUGGUUCUAGCUCAUUUUCAACUCAUUUUAGUAGCUGUAUACCUCCAAAAUUGAGUUUAUAUCUUCUUAUUGUUGUCAAUUUUUGUUCCAAUACAUUUUAACUCCUUUUAGUUGCUUUAUAUUUCAAAAAUUACAUUUUUUUCUUUUUAUUCUCGUUAUUUUUGGUUCAAGUUCAUUUUCAACUCCUUUUAGUAGCUGUAUACCUCCAAAAUUGAGUUUUUUUCUCCUUAUUGUUAAUUUUUGUUCCAAUCCACUUUUUACCCUAUUUAGUAGCUUUAUAUUCCAAAAAUUACAUUUUUUUCUUUUUAUUCUCGUUAUUUUUAGUUCCAAUUCAUUUUCAAAAUUGAGUUUGUAUCUCCUUAUUUUGUUAUUGUUAAUUUUGUACUCAAGUCACUUUCAACCCCUUUUAGUGGCUUCAUACUUCAAAAUGCAUCCCUUUGUGCCUAAUGUCUUGAUAUUUUGGUUACGAUUUAAAUCAAAAACAAAAUUUGAAUUUUUAAAAUAUUUAUUUGUAAUAAUUUCCCAGUUUUACAGAUUUUUAGAGUCAAAAUGAUUGUCAACAAUAUCAAAUGUAUACAAUCUGAUAACAACAAAUAAAAAUUUUGUAAAAUAAA